AUGUCGCGCUACGCUGACGUGCACAAGAACACUUCUGGCCCAGGUGAUGCUCGUCCAACAGCCCUACAAAUCGUUCGCGAUGAGGGUCUUGAGGGCGCUUUGACGGAUAAAGUCUUCUUGAUCACUGGUACUUCUGCAGGAAUUGGCGUUGAGGUUGGCCGUGCUAUUGCUGCAACCGGCGCCCGUGUUUUCCUCGCUGUGCGGGAUCUUGAGAAGGGCAAGGCUGCGUGCUCUUCUUUUUUGAAGCCUGGUCAAGUUGACUUAAUACCUCUUGAUACUUCCGAUAUGUCUUCCGUUCGCGCAUGCGCCGCUGAAUUCCUGGAGAAGUCAUCUACACUCAAUGUCCUCAUCAAUAACGCCGCCAUUAUGGCGACACCUACACGCAUUGAAACAAAAGAUGGUUUCGAACAACAACUAGCUACCAACUAUCUCGGCCACUUCCUUCUUUUCUGGCUCCUCAAAGAUGCUCUCCUCAAAGGAUCAACCCCAGCGUUUAACUCGCGCGUCGUCAACGUGUCUUCCUCAGGCCACCACGCUUCAGAGAUCAUCUACGAUGAUUUCCAGCUCAAAGCGGCAGAUGCUUAUAAUCCUUUUAAAGCGUACGGCCAGAGCAAGCUCGCUCAGAUCUACAUGUCCAACUACAUUGACCGUGUUUACGGCCCAAAAGGCCUUCACGCUACUAGCCUCAUGCCGGGUGGAAUCGCAUCAAACCUCCAGAAGCAUCUGCCUGAAUCGGUGCACAAGGACAUGAAGGAGAAUCCAACAACGAUCAAUUUUAUGAAAAGUCCCGAGCAAGGUGCUGCGACUACGGUUCUGGCAGCUGUUGGUAAAGAGUGGGAGGGCAAAGGUGGGAAGUACCUUGAGAACUGUCGACCAUCUAUGCCACAGCCUUUGAUCCCUGGUAUGAUGGGGUAUAAGGAUUACGUUUAUGAUUCAGAAAAGGAGAACCGAACUUGGGAGCUUACUUUGGAGACCUUGGGUCUCCGGAAGACGUCCUAG